ACUGAUCGUAUGUUAUCAUUUAUUGUUGUGUCAAAUUUAUUUCUGCUUAACUCUCCUACAAGUACUGUAAUUGUAUUUUAAUUGGUGUUGUGUUAAUGAACAGAAUAUAAUUACCGUAUACGUGUAGUACAUCUACUGAACAAAAAAUGGAAGGGUUCAUCGAAGUAAAUGAAAUAUCAGAUUUCGUUUCAUACAUUAAGAGUAUUGAAUGGAAAGACCCCUGGCUUAUAGCUUUACUAUCUUUCCAUGUCCUGGUCACUUUUACCUGCUUCUCAACAAGGAAUUAUAGCAAUUUUCAAAUAAUACUUUUCAUAACAUUACUGCUUCUAGUAUACUUUUCGGAGAGCAUAAACGAAGUGGCCGCGCGAAACUGGAAUCUAUUUUCAAGGCAGCAAUACUUCGACAGCAAGGGCUUAUUCAUAUCUGUAGUCUUCUGUAUACCGAUAUUAUUAAACUGCAUGAUAAUGGUGGGUUCGUGGCUGUAUCAGUCGACACAAUUAAUGACAAAUCUGAAGAAGGCACAGCUAAGGCAACGAUUGAAAGAACUAAAUAUGCACAGAGAGCAACAACUCCACAUGAAAGCGGAAUAAACAAAAAUUGAAUUGUUAUAAAAUAUUAAAACCGAUAUUUUUGCAAACAUCGAUUGAGAUUUAAACAAUUUUUGUUUAUAAAACAUGACCUAUUACUUCUUGACCUUGGAAUAUCUUUUAAUUUGACGAUAACUAUUAUUGUCUUUAACCAUUUUUCUUUUUAUAAACAGAUUAUCAAUUAAAAA